UUCGGGUAAAAAUGGCUGAAUAUUUAGCUUCGAUAUUCGGGACUGAAAAGGACAAGGUUAACUGCUCUUUUUACUUUAAGAUCGGGGCCUGCCGGCACGGGGACCGGUGCUCCCGGCUUCACAACAAACCGACUUUCAGCCAGACCAUAGUGCUUCUCAACCUGUACCGGAAUCCACAGAACACCGCCCAAACCGCAGACGGAUCGCACUGUCACGUGAGCGACGUGGAGGUGCAAGAACACUAUGAUAACUUCUUCGAGGAGGUGUUCACGGAGCUGCAGGAGAAGUACGGGGAGAUUGAAGAGAUGAAUGUGUGCGACAACCUGGGGGAUCACCUCGUGGGCAAUGUCUAUGUCAAGUUUCGGCGGGAAGAGGAUGCAGAGCGGGCAGUGGCUGAACUCAAUAACCGCUGGUUCAACGGGCAGGCCGUGCAUGCUGAGCUCUCUCCUGUCACCGACUUCCGGGAGUCAUGCUGCCGGCAGUAUGAGAUGGGGGAAUGUACCCGCGGGGGCUUCUGCAACUUCAUGCACCUGCGGCCCAUCUCCCGGAACCUCCGACGUCAGCUGUAUGGGCGGGGACCCAGGCGCAGGUCGCCCCCGAGGUCCCAUACCGGCCACCGUCCCCGAGAAAGAAACCGACGACGUUCCCCAGACCACCGGCAUGGCCGCUUCUGAGACCCUGGCUCCCUUGAUCUCCACCCUUGACAGGCAUAAAUGUUCCUGGCCAGGACCCCUCCUGAAAGCUCCCUUAACCCCCCAGUGCCAUCUUCCCUAGGCUCCGGGGCUCCAUGAUGUAAAUCUGUUCAACACAGGGACCUUCUCUCACCACCCCUCCCCUAAUAAAGUUAUGUAUUGAGGGUUUA